AUGGCCGACCUGAAUGAUAUGAUAGAGACGCUGUACGCCGGCAAGCUCAUCACAGAACAGCAGGUGGCACAGUUGUGCGACCGCUGCAAGGAUCUCUUCCUCGAGGAGGGAAACAUUGAGGUUGUGUACGCCCCCGUCACCCUCUGUGGCGACAUUCACGGUCAACUUUUUGACAUGCUGGAGCUCUUUCGUCACGGCGGUCGUGUACCGGACACUAGCUACGUGUUCAUGGGAGACUUUGUUGACCGCGGGUACCACAGCGUCGAGACACUGCUGCUGCUGCUUCUGCUGAAAGUCCGCUACCCUGACCGCAUGACCCUCUUACGCGGCAAUCAUGAGUCGCGGCAGAUUACGCAGGUCUACGGCUUUUACGACGAGUGCUACAGAAAGUACGGUAGUGCUAACGUCUGGCGGUUUUGCACCGACCUGUUUGACUACAUGCCGUUAAUGGCACUGGUAGAGGACGACGUUUUGUGCGUGCACGGCGGCCUUAGCCCAGACAUCAACACCCUCGAUGAAAUUCGCGUCUUGGAUCGUAAGCAAGAGGUUCCACACGAGGGCCCAAUGACGGAUCUUUUGUGGUCUGACCCCGAUGACAUCAACGGUUGGGCCAUGAGUCCUCGUGGUGCCGGAUUUAUCUUUGGCGCCGAUGUCACAAAGGCAUUUAACCAGAGAAACGGCAUCAGCCUCAUUGCACGCGCCCAUCAACUCGUUUUUGAGGGCUACAAAUGGAUGUUCGAUGACAAUUGCUGCACCGUGUGGUCCGCCCCAAACUACUGCUAUCGCUGCGGCAACGUGGCGUCUAUCAUGAAAAUAGGCGAGAAGUCACGAACGGACCGCAACUUUAUAACAUUUGGGGCAGCCCCUGCUGAGGAGCGCGGCCACUUGACCAAAAAGCCUCCGCCAGAAUACUUCCUGUGA